UAACAAUUCCAUAAUCUCCUCAUUGUCCUCCAGUCAACUGCUUGCUGUUGUUAUAUCAAUGGGGGGGCACCCUGGACGGUAGCGGUCAUUGAACAAAACCUGAUUAUAACCUUGAAGGAUUUAAAACGAACACCGAACAUUCAGAUUUAUCCUCAAUCAACGCCGAUUGUUGACUGACGUUCCCGAACUGUGUCGGUUCUCGCCAACGCCUCAUAGGGUGUUACCUUCCUCCGAGGCCACGACCGGUCCUGCAACUCGGCUGUAUUUGUAAACUUUUACAACGGAUAGUAACUACAUUUAAGGUGAGGUGCAUGCUGCUUAUUUCAUAACGAAGAGAUCGAUUUGGUUAGCAGUUUUCGACAGUAGUUAUGCUUGUGAGUACAGUGUUGUACAACGAUGAAAGUCCACCAUUCCCCCUCAUCUAAGAAAUGCUCAUGUGUUUCACUCAAAUGUGGUUUAACCAUUAUCAGCGUUCUCAGUUUCACCACAUUAAUGAUGAAUAAAAUCAUUGUGGACAUGUACCACCAGAAUCCUGUCUAUUCAGCGCCGUCGGGCACUCGGGAGCGGAAAGUUCAUAUUAUAGGAACAGAUAUAGUACAAACUGAAAUCCAGCAUUCAAGUCCAAACCGGAAGUCCAGAGUGCGCACCGGAAGUGAAACCCGUUGCCCGAGUGUUUUGGACAAUAUGUCUAAAGGACACUGGAAGCAAUGGGUUCUGACAAAGCAAGAAGUGUUAAAACAAGAAACGUUCCUGAAUCAUUCUCGCCAACAAAUAAACAUAAUUUCUCCAAUAUCAAGAAAGGAUCAGCUGUGUGGGAACGUGACUCUCCCCUACAACCGUCAAGCUAGAUCUUUGUGCUACCCAACCGGUAACAGACCUUGUUGUUUCAACGGUAGAUGUGUCGCGCUACCUGAGAAGAAGUGUCGCUGCAGCAACUGCUACGACGUACGACAACGUGUACAUGCGGAGUAUGCCACGUGGGUACCGGCGGACAAGAGGUGCUCGUUUCAUAUUUUCACAAGGAAGGAAGCCUGUCGAAUUGUGACAAAUUCGACACUGUAUUUGUUUGGAGAUUCUCAUUUUCGUCACAUUUAUACUGCAGUGCUUAUGUUGAUGCGUAACGACCCGAUCGGUGGUGGACUUAAACACAGUAACAAUGACACCCUAGCGAAAUGCUCUGGCCCUUACCAGUUCGGAUCCAAGGAAUGCAGACCACUUCUCGAACUAAGAGCUAAACCUCUGUGCAAAGGCAAGUUCAAUCUGAAGUAUGUCAGCCACACACGAGCUGCGGAUGGGGUGGACCUAUAUAAAAAAGUCAAAGCACUUGAUCGUCGAAAGAAAACGUUUGUGAUGGUUUCCCUGGCCGCCCGCGAAGACAACAACGUGACCAAGUUUAUGGAAUAUCUCCAGCCAGCCAUAAAUAUUGUGAAAAAUGGCUCCUUCAAAUGGCCGAAGUUGAUGUGGGCUAACGGCCACGCGCCUGGUCUUCUCAAAUCGCCAGUUUAUGAACUUCAAGGGUUAAAACAUAUGAAAAUGGCAAACUAUAGGAUGCACAAACUCUUAAAGCCUCUCGGUAUUCCAGUGUUUGAUACUUUCAACAUGACGAGUUCCACCAUCAGUUUCGACGGCACCCAUUAUGGCUUAGGUGUCACGACAGCCAAAGUCCAAUUGCUGCUGAACUAUCUGAAGGAGCUCCAAGGCCAAAAUGAAUGGUGAAUGGCCAAUGGCCGAGCUAGAUGCCAAGGACUAGAUAUCAAUUUGCAUUCCAAAAAAACUACCUCGAUUAUCCUCUGUCGUUAUAUCGCCAUUCUGCUGGACCUGUUCAAGACCAGUUUCGGAGCUGACGUCACCAUCUUAGCACGAACGUAGCACAUACUUUCUCUUGCUCACCAGUAUAACCUGAUUGGACUAUUUUUAGCCGCGUGACAUCACUGAUUUUCACUUAUCCAUUCAUAUAAUUUCCACGGUUCUUUUACACCCAAUGGAAUCUGUUGCGAAUGUGCCAAUGGUAUUUAUCCUGAGAGAAUGACGACAUCAUACACUGGAUAAUCGCUGCUGUAGCAAACAGUGUGUGAAGCCAUGCAUCUCUAUUGUGAUUGUGGUGAAAGCGUUCUGACCCACUAGCUUUAGUGCAAUAUAUAGGUUAAUUCUAUUUACGACUUUGGGUUUCAAAUACAAUGCAUUUAACAUUCUGGCCGGCAAUGUUUGCUCUUAAGUCUCAAGUUACACACUUGGCUUGGGAUUGGGAUUAGUCGUAUAGUUCACACUGUUGGACAGACUGGGACGUACAAUAGUUGUAGUCAGUGAGUGAGUGAGUUGGGUUUAACGCCACUUUGAACAGUAUUUCUGUUAUAUCACGGCGCGUCAGCCUAAUGUGGGAGGAAAGUACGACUGAAGCGGGUUUUGGACGUUUACCACUCCGGUAAAACCUUCGAGCACAGCCAUGUUGCCGAUAAACCUAGAAACAUAAUCAGGGCCCACUAUCGUAGGUUUCUGGUGCGUCGAAUGGACGCAGCUCUUCACAGCGAAUGGCGGCGCUUUAGACUACUGGUGCACCUGUGUCUAGUAAUGAAAUAUUGAUAAGAUACUUUACACAGCUGCACAGAAAGUGGUGUAGAUAAUAUCACAUAAUAAAAUGUUGCUCAGAGAGGGAUGUAUCAUAUCUUAUUGGACAAA